CAAUAAUCUAUUGAGUAUGGAAGCAUUGUACCAUCAAACGAAUCGCAUUUUGCAAGAAAUAGAAAAAAAUUUCCAGAAGCUGGUGCAAACUAGUGGAGCUCCCGAAAAUUAUGAUGUAGAAAAUGAAAUACAAAUGAGAAUCACGCAAGUUAACUCGAAUUGUGAUCGUUUAGAUGUUUUACUUUAUAAAAUACCCGCGUCGCAGCGGCAAAAUGCAAAAAUGCGUGUCGAUCAGCUUAAGUAUGAUGUCAUGCACCUGCAAAGCUCUCUUCAGUUAUUUAGGGAAAAGCGCCAAAAAAGGGAAGCGGAAUUGUCGGAGAGGGAACAGUUAUUGAGUCACAGAUUUACGGCAAAUAAUAAUGAAACAUGCCUAGACAUUGACUAUGCUCUGCAGCAUAAUAAUCAGUUGGACAAUGUUCAUCGUGGUGUUGACGAAAUGUUAUCAAGUGGCGGUAAUAUAUUAAGCAGUCUGGUUAAUCAACGUAGUACACUGAAAGGAGCUCAAAAACGCAUAAUGAUUAUUGGCAGUACGUUGGGUUUAUCUAAUCACACCAUGAAAUUAAUUGAAAGACGUAUUGUCGAAGAUAAAUAUGUGAUGGUUGGUGGCAUGAUUAUAACACUGAUGGUCAUAUGCCUGGUCGUCUAUUUUAUUGUAUUAUAGUUGUUAAAUU